AUGGCUAUGGAGAAAGGGGUUCCGUUUAGAUUUCCACUCUGGGACUAGAGGAAGCGGCGGAGUAAGCCACAGGCUGCGAGGGGGCGCGACAAGGCCCGCGGCCACGGCGCCCAAGGCCAGGCUGGGGUCAGUGGGUUUUUGAAACUGCAGCCAGAAAGCAGAGGGGCACAGAUAUUGCGAGAAAAAAUGUGGAUGCCCUGGAACGGGCUCAUCGUGAUUGGGAAGAGAAUAGAGCUCCUGGGUAGAAACACACAAAAACCUAGAAUGUGGGACCCGAAGAUUGAGUCUGAGUACUGGGGACUGGAAGAUGUGAAAAAGACGAUCUUGAAAGAGACGGCAGGCCUGAGUCAGGGAAGGAUGGGUGUGAAGCUACAGCAGAGUGCAGCAAAUGCAUUACAGGCUUCAGCAGGUUUGGGGAAAGACAACCCAAAGGAAGUGGGAAAGCAAGAAUUUAACAAAAUUGGGACUGAAUCCGAGAGUGCAGGGACUACAACGGGGUCUAGGAGGGGGUCUGGGUUUAAAGAGAGGUCGAGGUUUACUUGGGGGGGGACCAGUGGAGAGGACAUGAGAUCCAGAGGAUAUAAACUAGGGCAGAAUAAAGAUGAACUGAGGUCAAGUGGAGAGAAGUUGGUUGAAAAGAAGCUAAGUGGAGAGAAGCUGAGGUCAAGUGGAGAGGAGCUGGUGUUCAAGGAAGAGAAGCUGGGGACUAGUGAAGAAGAUUUGAGAUCUACUGGAGAUGAAAUACAGUCAAGUGCAAAGAAGCUUGGACCCAGUAGGCAGAAGCUGGGCACUAGUGGAGAGAAGUUGAAGGGUUCAAAAAUGGGGAGCAUAAAUGAAGAGCAAAUUGAAAGAGUGGUAGAAGUUACUGGUAAUGAAAGUAAUAAAAUGACUGAUGCUGAGAUGGAAAUUCCUUUUGAAAGGAUGGAAGGGAAUGAUGAAAAAUUAGAAGGGGCUGAGAAAGUGGUAGAAGAUGUCUUGGGUGGAGUGAGUAGUACUGAUGAAUCUGUUUCUAUGGAAGAGAAAGAGGUUAUAGAUGAAGGUAUUGGUGAAUGAGGCAAAAGAAGGAUUAAACCUAAAGAAGGAAAGAGCAGCAGACAGAGGAAAUAUUGCAAGUCAAGAGGAGAAAUUAGAGCCAAGCAGAACAUUAUUGACACUAAAGGGGUAAAUAUGAGAGAAGAAAGAGGAGCAUCUGAGCCUAAGAGACUGGGAAUGAAGAGCUACAAGGGAUGAAGGCAGAGACCAGGACCAAAGGAAACGAAGACGAGUCAUAAAGAGGGAGAUGGGAACAUUUUGAGGAAAAAGAGAAGAUUUGAUGAUGUGUUGCUAGGUAAAGGAAAAUUGGAUAUUGGUUUCUUGGAGAAGAGCUGUGAUGGAGGAGCUUACAGGAAAAUGUUUAAGAAAUGGAUUUAGGAUGGGCUAGAAGGAUUUAGUUUGCAUAGUGAGAAAAAUGGAAAAUGACAGUAGGAUAAAGGCUAGAUGAAGGUUGUGGAAGAAGUUGCAGGCUGGGGUGAGCAAAGAAAAUUUCUGAAAGAGGAUUUUGAAGGUAAACGAGGGGGUCUGAAGUGACAAAAGCAAGAAAAAAGAAAAGUGAAGGAAAAAAGUAAGAAGCCAAAUCCCAUAAUAGUGACUAUGUUUGUUGGGUUUUAAAGUUAUUUCCUUCAUUAUUUCUGUACCCUCCUCUCCCAUGUAGUCAACUUUACAAUCUAAUGGGACAGGCCUGUUGGUGGGCCCUAUAGGUCUAGGCCAAGACUAUCCUCACUGAUCCCUCUAACUAGCCCCCAAAUUGUGUCCACAAUAAUUGGUAGGCUCCACUAUUUUAAUCACUUCACCAUGAUCACCAUUUCCACAGGUUCCCCUCACCUCCCCAUCAAACUUGAAUUGCCCCAAUUAUUUGUAUUAUUGUUUUCAUCUUUGAUUUUUAAUUCUUCAUCUAGUCACAUGGACUUUUCCCUUUGUUUCUGUCUCCUGUGGGACUUUCAUUUAUGUCUUCCACAUGCCAUCCACCGUCUACUCUCAUCCCAGAUCUCUGCCUUCCCAAGGUCAUCCACUCCUUAGCCUACUCUGGUGAUUUUCUGAGCACCGAGAAAUCAUUGCCUCUCUUGGAAGAGGCCUGCACAGCCAUGAGGUCAAGAUGGACAGUUUGCAGUUGUGUGGGUCUCUCAGAUUGCACUGCACAGUAUAUGAAUUAUGAACCAAAUCACCGGACUUCCCCUUUGACUGGAUUACCCUUUCUCCUGGGAUAUCAGAUGCAUUCCACUGAGACUACGGAAAGAAAAAGUAAAGAUCAAGAUGCCGUGACAGAUGGCAACCAACUUGUUUCUGAUGUGUGGGGUUAUUAUUCUGUCCCAAUUGAUUGCUGCUGACUUCGGGUUUUUGACUCAACC